AUGGCGUGCCCUCGAUCUAUCAUCAUUGUGGGAUCUGGGGUCUUUGGGCUGUCAACAGCCUAUGCUAUGGCUAGAGACAAAACAUUCUCUCAGACAUCAAUCACAUUGGUUGACUCAUGGGAGUUUGAGCCGCCCGUCGUAUCAACGGGCACUUCCGUCAGCAACCCUGGCGCCGCAAACCACGACACAUCCCGCAUCGUCCGCAGUGAAUACCCCCACGGUCCUUACGCAGUUCUCGCAAAGGAAGCUCAUACACAGUGGCGGGGUGUGUGGGGCGCGAAGGGCCGCUACACAGAGCGACGGCUUCUGCUUUCUGCACAGGGUAGCUCUUUGAAAGGUCCACAACGAGCUGGUGAGACUGUCAACUAUGUGAAGAACGCGUACGAUCUCAGUUGUCAACUUUCUUCACGUGGUAAGGACGGCCUUCGAGUCCUCGACUCGCUACGUGAGAUUCGCUCAGAGCUAGGACUAUCUACUACCUCUGCCCGAGCCGCUGAAAAGGAUCUUCGCGGUUAUAUUUCGCAAGAUGCUGGAUGGGCUGACAGCAGCGCCAGCAUAGCAUGGCUUCGGCAAAUGGUUCUACAGACUGGCCGUGUUAAUUUUCACACCGCAUAUGUUCAGUCCCUCAUUUAUGCCGACAACGAGCAAAGCGACGUAGUUCAAGGCGUUCGAUUCGAUGAUGAACGCGAACUGUUUGCCGACCUUACUAUCGUCGCUGCAGGCAGCCAUACCCCUCGCAUUCUUGGAAUGGACAAGCUAUGCGAUGUGUACAGUGAGCUAGUAGCCUACAUUCAACUCUCUCCAGAGGAAUGUAUUCAUUUCAAAGAAUUGGAUUUUCCUAUCAUCGUUAAUGCGGAUCGCUGCGUUUUUGCGAUCGCCCCGACUCGCGAGGGGUUUUUGAAGCUGGGAAAGUUCUCGCAUAGCGGGCUUGUCGAUGUUCGCCAGUGCGCAGGGGUGACUGUCGGGCCUCGAACGACCCGCCUUACGGCUCGUGAACAAUGGAGUGAAUCAAAAUUUGGCAGGGGAGGCGAUGUUGAUAUUGCCGAGGACCUUGAUCAGCGGGAACAACAAACUUUGGCAGACUACAGAGCUUUCUUGAAAGAGCUAUUUGAACCUUCCAAUGAUAGUAUAGGAAGAGAAUCUCAGGAGAGUAUCGCUCGUCGCCCAUUCACGAAGCUUCGUCGAUGCUGGUACACCGAUACCCCUGCGACUGACUUCAUUGUCGAUUACCACCCUUCGUCUCAAGGAACACUUUUCGUCGCAUCCGGAGGCUCCGAUCAUGCUUUCAAGUUCCUACCGGUUAUCGGAGACAAAGUCGCAGGUAUCGUUCUAAGGGGUCGGGAUGUACCAUCUGAGUCUGAUCAUGAUGCCAAUUUGACUGCGCUCCGCGAAGCUUGGCGAUUCCCGCGUAUCUCUACAAGCAAGCUCUGA